AUGCCAGCCGCGAAAGCCGAAGAAAAGGGCGAGUCCUCGAAUGCCGCUUUCAAGGCGGCCCUCUCUGCCUCUACCAACGGAUCGUCAAAUUAUGAGCUACCAUGGGUCGAAAAGUACCGUCCCGUCUUCCUCGACGAUGUGGUCGGCAAUACCGAAACGAUUGAGCGACUAAAAAUCAUUGCCAAGGAGGGCAACAUGCCGCACGUCAUCAUCUCUGGCAUGCCAGGCAUAGGCAAGACAACGAGCGUGCUGUGUCUCGCGCGUGAGCUCCUGGGCGAGUCGUAUAAGGAGGCCGUCCUCGAGCUCAACGCCAGUGACGAGCGAGGCAUCGACGUCGUGCGCAACCGGAUCAAGGGCUUUGCGCAAAAAAAGGUGACGCUGCCGGCCGGCCGCCACAAGCUCAUCAUCCUCGACGAGGCGGACAGCAUGACGUCGGGCGCGCAGCAAGCUCUGCGCAGGACCAUAGAGAUCUACUCCAACACGACGCGAUUCGCCUUUGCGUGCAACCAGUCCAACAAGAUCAUCGAGCCCCUCCAGUCGCGGUGCGCCAUCCUCCGCUACGCCAAGCUCACCGACGCGCAGGUCGUCAAGCGGCUGAUGCAGAUCAUCGAGGCCGAAAAGGUGGAAUACAGCGACGACGGGCUCGCCGCCCUCGUCUUCAGCGCCGAGGGUGACAUGCGACAGGCCAUCAACAACCUGCAGUCGACGUUUUCCGGCUUCGGCUUCGUCUCGGGCGACAACGUCUUCAAGGUGGUGGACUCGCCGCAUCCCAUCAAGGUGCAGGCGAUGCUCAAGGCCUGCUACGAGGGCAACGUCGACGCCGCGCUCGACACGCUCCGCGAGCUGUGGGACCUUGGCUACUCGAGCCACGACAUCAUCAGCACCAUGUUCAAGGUCACCAAGACAAUCCCGACGCUGAGCGAACACUCGAAGCUCGAGUUUAUCAAGGAGAUCGGCUUCACGCACAUGAAGAUUCUGGAGGGUGUGCAGACGCUGCUGCAACUGAGCGGCUGUGUAGUGCGGCUGUGCAGGAUAAACAUGGAUCCCAAGCGCUUCCAGGCAAAGUAA